GCGGCCAAGAAAACACAUUCAUCACGCAGUCUGCUAACGGAUUUCCAGCGGUGUAGUUUACUAGCUUUUCACUCCGGGGAGUAGUGUUUGAGGCUUACUAAACCCUCUCACCACCGUGGUCCAGGUUUGCAGUACAGUAGCAGCUGUACCAACCGGGUUUCAAGCAAGAUGCCAACGAAGGGUAGCCGGCAUCUACUGCUGGUGGUGUCCUGUGGGGCCGCCUUGCUGCUUCUGCUCGUUCUGCUCUCCGUAUCGGGAGUGGACGGAUCGCUCCAGUACGUUGAGUCCAACUCACAGCGGAAGGCUCACUACUGUGGCGCUAAACUGAGCGACACGUUGGCUAAGCUUUGCAACAGAUUCAAUGGAUUCCGCAAAAAGUCCGAGAAUGUACUGAUGACCCUUGCCGGUCCGGAACCACACCAACUACUGGAUGAGCUAGAACGCGACAUCGAACGGCUCCACACACUGAACGAUCGUUCGGCGGACAUGAUCUACCAGGCGCUGGUGACGCUGCAGCAUCUGAACACGCACGAGGAGCACAACUUCCACCGCGUACGGCGUCAGGUGGUGGCCGAAUGUUGCUACCAAAGCUGCACGCUGGACACGCUGAAAAGCUACUGCGCCGACUUUUUGCAGUCUAGCAUCGCACCACUCUCGCACAGCACAAUGUCGUCCACGAACGGAGCACGAAGCGGAUCGCUCUACAUCCUGCAAGCGUUGGUGCUGCUCUGGUCGAUAGCGAUGGUAUCGGCCAACAAGCGAUAUUGUGGAGCGGAGCUGGUAAAGGUACUGUCCUUCCUGUGUGAUGAAUUCCCCGAUCUGCAUACGACGAGCAAGCGGUCCGCUGACAACUUCGCCAAGCCGUCGGAUAUGGCCACGGAGGACUGGAUGAACGUGGAAGACAACACGCAGCAGAUACUCGAUCAGCAGCUGCAGUCGGUCGGCAUGCCGGAUGAUCGUGCCACGGUACCCGCCUGGAUGAACAUGGUCUACCCAUCGAACUACAUGUACCGUCAUGGGGCAGGACACAACGAGCUGAUACCGGCCCGCUUCCGCAAGAAUCGUGGUGGCAUCGUGGAGGAGUGUUGUUUGCGGCCGUGCGGUAUGAACCAGUUGCUGCAGUACUGCAAGAAGGUUAGCGCGUACUAAAAGGUCAACGGGAACGAGUAGACGUCGGGCAAGUGAAGCUUAUACGCUCAUAAGUGUGUUUGGCAUAUAAUACUCUACUCAUAUUGAAUGGUUUGUGUCACACGAGAAGCAGGGAAAAUAGGAGGGAACAAGUCCCUGACGUAGGUCACUGAUGCAGGGAAUGGUUUCGUACAAAGCCGUAUUAUAAAGCACAACAUUGAACAAAGUUGAUAAACAACUCACCUUAAAAUACCUUUAGCUUAGGCUCACAAGCUCUUGCUGUUAUUAGAAACGCUUUCUAUAUUUUAACGAUGUUACUAAACACUUGUGCGGUUGCGGCAAGCAGUCCAGACCAGAUGAUGUAGGGAACCACGUAUUUAAGUACCUUAAAUGGCUGCCAAGCAUAGCUACAGAUAUUAUUGGACUAUUUGGUAAAGCAUGAAAAAUAAAAAAAAACUAUCGAUUAUUGGCCAUUUGCAAAUAGCGCAUGAACAAAACACAAA